CACUUUGAACGGAGAAGCUGUUUCAGUCCGAGUGUCAUCUGUGGAUUCUCUGAAACGUUAUUACUGUAUAUAAUAUUCCAAAAUCCAUCAAACAUGCUGGAUAAACUAUACUGCUGGUGUCUGCUCUUGGUGUGCAUGGUUGCUUCUUCAAUCGCUUCUGGUCCAGAGUGCAGCGAGCCUCAGGUUGAGGGGGAGGGCGAUGGACAAGAGCUGAGGUUCUUCUAUGAUUCCACGGCCCAGGCGUGUUACCCCUUCUUCUACAAAGGAGUAGGGGGCAACUCCAACAACCAUAAGAGUGACCGAGAAUGCAUGAGUGCCUGUGCUCCCAACGCCGACACUCACUACCCCGAAGGAGCUCUGGUGUGUGCGCUGAAGUACGACAGGGGUCCAUGCUAUGGACUCUUGCCCAAGUUCUACUACAGCCAAGAGGAUCAGACUUGCCGUGUCUUCCACUAUGGGGGUUGCCAAGGGAAUGGAAACCGCUUUGACAAACGGGAGGACUGCAUAGAGCUGUGCAGAACUAAAUCUGGAAGAUCAGGUGGGACCCCUGACACCAAUCCUGAUGCCACAACAGUUAAUGCAGGGUUGAUUGUGGGGGUGAUCGGUGGUGUGAUAUUUGCAGUGGCGGUCAUUUCAGCUCUUGGCCUGUUCAUCACUCAGAGGAAAUCCAAAGGCAGGAGCAAGGUGCCAACCGUAGAUGGAGAGGGAGUGGAGAUGCGUUAAGAAGAAAAGAAGCACUGUGACACCCAGCUAGCAUAGCCAUGGAGUUUACUUCCACCUAUUGUUUUUCUUGUUCUGUUGCUCUGAUGCUGUGAUAUUUGCAGUUGCUGUAGGUUUGUAAGGUUGCUGUAGGUUUGUAAGGUUUUGUUAUUGUGUAUAAGGUGUGGAUAUUUUUUUUACCUUUUGUCGUUGUAAAUGUGAAUGAAAGAAUUUAAUAGAAAUAGCAGAAAGUAGGUGUGUAGUUACUAAUCUGUGUCAGAGCAGGUGUCAAAAUCCUGAUUCAAAAGUAAAAAACACCAGUUUCCUUCCAACACAGGUGGCUUAAUUGACUAAAAAGUCUUGCUGUCCACCCCAGACACACAAUGUAUGAUGCAAAUUGUUCUUUUUUUCUUCAGGAUUAAAAAUGUUAAGACUAGACUAAUUUUGUUUAAGGCACGUGGUGCACUACAGAGUACUACAGAGUAGGCCUACCUUGUUUAUUUGUUUGUCACAUUUGACGUUUCCGUUUGAAUUUCUUCCUAUGUUGGCCAAAGGACCCAUGCGGACAUGAGCAUUUCUUUUUUCUUUUGUCACUUCUAUGACAACUUUUUUUAAUUCGACUGCUCACAUGCACAAAGAGAAAUGGAAGUAUCACUGUGUGCCUAAGUGAGUUUCACUUCUUGUUGCUGAGGCAGAGCCUUUUCGCUGAACAAUUAUGUACAUAGCGACGUGGUAUUUUCGAAUCAUGUACCUUCCCUGUACAAUAUAUCAUUAUUAUUUAGGGAAGCUACUGAAGAAUCAAAUCCGGACCCGUUUUUUUUUUUACCCGGCGGUACACUAUUGUACCGUUUAUUUCUGUGUAUGUGUGUGUGA